UUACAUUCACUUCAAGUUGGUGUUUAGUUGGAGUUUGCGUUCAGUUUACAUUUACUGCAGUUUUAAAUUUUACCGGUGAAGGUCUUUGAAGUUGUGAAGUUUUAAUAGACGAGCAAGAUGUCCUUAGACGAGAAAUUCAACAAAGCUGCUGAAAAUGUCAAGAAUUUGAAAUCAAAACCCUCCGAUAACGAUUUGUUGGAAAUCUAUGCUCUCUUCAAACAAGCAACUGUGGGAGAUGUUAAUACAGACCGUCCAGGACUUCUAGACUUAAAGGGUAAAGCCAAAUGGGAUGCAUGGAAUGCAAAGAAAGGAGUGUCUCAGGAUCAAGCUAAAGAACAAUACAUCGUUAAAGCUGAUUCACUUGUUAGUUCUCUAGGGAUUAACUAAAUUAUUAUUCUUUAUGUUGUUAUAUUGAUACUUUGCACUAAUGCACUCUUUGUUAAUUUGAAAAUUGAAAUAAAUCUUUGGUGGAUAAA